GGCAGCAACCUCGUUCGAAGAGAAACCCAAAGACGGAUCACUCAGAGCUCGACCACCGUGCCGCGCAUAACUGCUUCCUGUUUUUUCACUCACUAUCUUUCUCGUGUUGUUGUUGUUAUUGUUGUUAUUGUCAUAUUAUUUCGUCUAAAUCUCACACCGUCUAUUUUUUAUAACAAAAUUUUAAUAUACCUUUCAUCGUUUCUGUCAUUGAUUUUUUUUAUACGACGAAAUAAUUGUUCAAAAAGGAUAACGUGUAUCCGGUUAUUUUUUUUGUUCGGUUGGUGUUUUGUGAAACUAUGAUAGUUCAUCAAGGAUAUCGAAGUAUUUAGUAUUAUUCUAUAAUAAAUGAAAUUAACCCUUAUCCCGAGAUAAGGGAAAACGAUUAACAGAUCACAUCGAGGAAUUGUCCUUGGAUUAUAUUAUUAUCCUGAACAUGUCGAAGUCGGGAAGCAUCAAAGAUACCGAAAAGGGUCCAUACGAUCCUGUACCAACGAAUAAUGACACCGGAGGAGACGAAAUUAAACUCGAAGCAAAAAUGUCUCUUCUCAAUGGCGUUACCGUGAUCGUUGGUUCAAUCAUUGGUUCUGGCAUAUUUGUCAGUCCAACCGGUGUAUUAAAACAUACCGGAAGUGUCAAUGCUAGCCUUCUGGUAUGGACUGCUUCAGGAAUCUUCUCUAUGGUAGGAGCUUAUUGUUACGCCGAAUUAGGUUGCAUGAUCAGAAAAUCGGGCGCUGAUUAUGCAUAUAUUAUGACAACAUUUGGUCCAUUCAUGGCUUUUGUCAGACUUUGGAUCGAGUGUAUGAUAGUACGUCCUUGCAGUCAAGCUAUCGUUGCAUUGACCUUCAGCAUUUACGUUUUAAAACCUUUUUUCCCUGACUGUACACCACCCGAAGAUGCUACAAGAUUACUUGCUGCCUGCUGUAUAUGUAUAUUGGCGUUUAUAAAUUGCUGGGACGUUAAUUGGGCAACAAAAGUGCAAGACAUCUUUACGUAUGCUAAACUUCUCGCACUUUUUAUCAUAAUCUGUACCGGAGCUUAUCAACUGUUCACCGGACACACGGAACAUUUUACGUUCGAUAAUACCAAAACGGAGAUAACGUCCAUUGCAUUGAGCUUUUAUUCAGGAUUAUUUGCUUACAACGGUUGGAAUUAUUUGAACUUCAUCAUCGAGGAAUUGAAAGAUCCGAUCAGGAAUUUACCAAAAGCCAUUGCAAUUUCUUGCACCUUGGUAACCGUGGUCUACGUCUUAACAAAUAUGGCUUUUUAUACUACUUUGAGUCCUGUCGAAGUUUUGGGUAGUGGUGCUGUUGCUGUGACGUUUGCCAAUCAUUUGUUCGGAGUAAUGGCAUGGACUAUACCAGUGUUUGUGGCAUUGUCAACAUUUGGCGCUGUAAAUGGAAUUCUAUUGACGUCUUCUCGGCUUUUUUAUGCUGGUGCAUGCGAGGGACAAAUGCCAGAAAUACUUACGAUGAUACAAGUUUCAAGAUUGACACCAACGCCAGCUGUUAUUUGUAUGGCACUAUUGUCAAUGUUAUACUUGUGCUCUUCUGAUAUCUUUGCUUUGAUCAACUACGUCGGCUUUGCCACUUGGUUAAGCAUAGGCGUCUCUGUUUUAUGUCUACCAUGGCUAAGAUGGGCCCAACCAAAUUUGCCAAGACCAAUUAAAGUUAAUCUUGCUUUUCCAAUCGUUUACAUUAUCGCCACACUUUUCGUCACGGUGGUUCCCAUGUAUAUUACUCCUUUGGAAACAGGGUAUGGUUGUUUAAUGAUAUCAUCGUCGGUGCCAGUAUACUUUGGAUUUAUUGCGUGGAAGAACAAACCGAAAUUUUUCGUCAAAGCUGUUGUAGGCACCACUAGAUUCCUGCAGAAGAUAAUGGUGGUCGUUGGGAAGUCAAAACCAGCUCAGGUCUAAUUGCCUCGCUCUGCGUUAGAAAGAAAGAAAGAAAGAAGAAAGAA